AUGGUAAGCUACGGAACGUGUAGCAGCGAAGUUUUGAAAGCCCUAAAGACGCCCAAGUUUGUACUGAAAUAUGGCAAAGUAACGAGCGGACAACGCUUUAAACUCAAGUGCAAGAUAAAGGAAAAACUAUGUGAGAACAAAUACCAGGAGUACUUGAAUGAAUACAACACCUUUUUGCUUUACGAUUGGGAAAGCAGCGGUGCUGUUUCCACGACGGAUUCCUCCUACAGUCUGCCCUAUUUAUGGAAGGAGUUCAUAAGAGAGGCCGUAGUUAAGGGUGCUAUAAACGACAAGUUUCCGACUGUCUUCAUGAAGAAAAGGCUAAGAAACUUCGCCAUGGGCCGGUGCCUGGGACUGGAAUUCCUCACAGACCCUAGUGGGUCAGCACACGAGUAUCGGUGCCUGUUCCAAACCGUGCAGGACAUCCCAUAUCUGUCGAAAUUGAUUUUAUUCAAAAGUAUGCCUAGCGUGCCGAUAAGGUUGAGGGUGCAUACCAUUGGCAUAAACAUCAAUUCCGGGCCCAACCGCUCCGUGGCAAGUAGUGCUGGCGGUGAAGCCGGCAUAAACGAAGCAGUCUCCUACAUCCAACCUUUGUUGGAGGAGUCUUCCCGAAUGUACCGCAACUUGGACUAUUGGAAACUUCUGAAGAUAGCACGAGCGAACACUCAGGAUGGACCUCUGGAUGAGAGCACGCCCAUUAAAUCGCAAGUCAAGCUUUUACUGGACCAAUUGGCCACAAACCAAAUGACCUCGCCCUCAGUUACCGAUCACGGCGGUCAUAACUGGCUCAUAUUCACUCGAAAGCAAAAAUAA